AUGGUGACGCUAGUGGUCGGUCGGACUCCGCUGCAUUUGCUCAUUGCGAGCGCCAUGCGCCACGAACAGCGCCGCUUCAUGGGCCGCGCCCCAACCAUCGCGGGCAAGAAGAGCGCUACCGACGCAAAAAAAGCAAUUCUCUUUGGUAAGCUCGGCAAGGAGCUCGUGGUGACGUCCAAAGCAACCAACGGUGAUGUCAACAACAUCCGCCUCGCGUCGGUCGUGAUCAAGGCUAAGACGUUCAACAUGCCGCGAGAUAAGAUCGAAGCUGCGAUCAAGCGCGGCGUGGACGGCAAGUCCGCUGCUGCCACCGAAACGAUCUUGUAUGAAGGCACUGGUCCCAGUGGCAGUGCACUUAUGAUUGAAGCAUUGACUGACAACCGCAAGCGCACAGCGCCAGCUCUGCGCCACAUCCUGAGCAAACAUGGAGGUGCCCUCGGUGCUAAUGGAUCUGUCGCGUGGAUGUUCGAGCGCAAGGGGUAUCUCGAGGUGAAGCAACCCGAAGAGUCAUCGCUGACUUGGGACGAAUACUCUGUGAUGAAUAUUGCCAUUGAAGCUGGCGCGGACGACAUGGAGUUUCGUGAUUCCAUCGCGCAGAUUACGUGCGACGUCAACGAUUUGGCGGCCGUGCGCAACCAUUUGGUCGGCAUGGGCCUCCACCCCCACGUGUGCUCGCUCAUUUACAACCCCAAGGAAUUCGUAACCCUGCCGGAAGACGCAUCCGAGGAAUUUGAAGCCCUCCUCGACGCGCUGAGCGACAACGAAGAUGUCAACGACGUCUUUCACAACAUCCAUCAAUAGAACCAGGCGCAAACGCCGAUGGGUGUCAAGUUGUGCAGCCCGUGCCAGUGCAAUAACGUCUCCUUGUCGGAUGAUGUAAUGACUAUCUGCGCCCCGCCGGCACGACGCGGCCGAUGCGCGGGACGGCCUUCUUCGGAAUCAA